CGAGCGCCCUCGCUGUAAACACUGGCAGCCAGGCGGGCGGUGACUUCAGAAACCUUUCGGGUAACUUACCAAUUCGCCACAACGUCUCACGAUCUGUAAAAUGGUUAUUGACUGUAAAACUCACAAGUUUGAGAAGCCACAGCGUGCAGUAUUGGUGCCUCAGGAUGUUAAGAAAUGGGAGUUAUCAGAAGCUUACCAGGACAUCUUAGGAUUCCUGAUAUCUAUGAAUGACGCUGUAAAAGGGAAGAAGCUGAGUGUGGAAUGCAAAACCAAGGAUGUUGUUACGGGAAUCCUAAAGAUGUUGGAUACCCUCAGUCAGUGGAUAGAUGAGAUCCCUGCAGUUGACCAACCACAGCGUUAUGGCAAUAAAGCCUUUCGGGAUUUUUAUGCAAGGAUGAAAGAGAAAGGAGAAGAAGUCCUACGAGCUGCGCUUCCAGAAGAAUUCCAUUCUGCAGUCCCAGAAAUUAGUGUAUAUCUUGUGGAGAGUGUGGGAAACUCAACACGCAUUGAUUAUGGAACAGGGCAUGAACUAGCCUUCCUUAUGUUCCUCACUUGCAUCUUCAAAAUUGGAGCUUUAAAGCAAGAAGACUCUAUUGCAGCUGUUAUCAAAAUAUUUCGAAGGUACCUUGAAUUGGCACGUAAACUACAGAUGACAUAUAAGAUGGAACCUGCUGGUAGCCAAGGUGUUUGGAGCCUAGAUGAUUAUCAGUUCAUUCCAUUUAUUUGGGGGUCAUCACAACUCUACAUGCAUCCAAAGAUUUCACCGGAGAUGUUUAUCAGUGAGAAGAUUGUUAACGAGAAUGCAGAUGAAUACUUAUUUCUCAGUUGUAUUAAAUUCAUAUUAUCAGUAAAGACAGGGCCUUUUGCUGAACACUCCAAUCAGCUAUGGAACAUUAGUGGUGUUCAGUCUUGGGGGAAAAUAAACCAAGGAUUGAUAAAAAUGUAUAAAGCAGAGGUAUUGCAUAAGUUCCCAGUUGUUCAGCAUGUGCUGUUUGGGAGCAUUCUGUCAAUAACAGCAGCUACAGAGAUUAAAUUCCACCCCCCAAGUGGUGAUAUGCCAGCUGCCAGAAAUAUGUCCUAUCCAUCUACAAUGCCAGGAUGUAUUCCUCCAAAUGCUCAAAGGCCAGGAGUCCAUCCUCUACCCACUGAAUUGCCCCUAAUGGGGAAAAUGCCACAAACUAUGAUCAGCAAACCUUCAGUGACACCAUGUACUGUUAGUGUAUCUCAUUCCCUCUCUCCCAAAGCACAUGGAUCUACUAAAGAUGCAAGCAAAGGUCACGUUGAUAUUCCAUGUGUUGAAGAAAGACAUCCUGCUAUGUCUCCACUUGAUAAUCUUCCCCCAAAUACCUUCUCACCUUCAAACAUAUGCUCAAGAGUUCAGAGUGGACAGGAGCCAGCCCUCAAUACUAAGUAGUAGCUUUGCACUGCAGUAAGGUUGUCAUUUCAUACAAAAUUUUAAUAACUAGCAAUGCACACAUAACCUCUCUCUUUUACCCCAUU